AUGGCCGCCUGCUGCACGAUCAUCACGCCGCCCGACCCGAGCCUGCUGGCCGCCAAGAAGAAGGGGAUGAUCGCCGUGCCCGACGACGAUUUCGAGCCGAUUUUCGAUGGGGUGCUUCUUGGACGAUUCCGGCUAACGCUCUGGCGAUUCCUGGAAGACCCGCAAUCCUCGAUCCCAGCCGCCGUCUUUGCCCUCCUGUCCGUCAUGUUCGUCUUCGCCAGCGUCAUCGGCAAGUUCAUAACUUUUCAAAGCCGCCUAAUCCUCGGUUCGAUGCCCGAAUUCCAGGAAGACUCGUCGAUGGCCGACGCCUAUCACAAUAUGCAUAACAGGAAGACGUAUCCGGGUGAUGGCCCAGCCGCGCACAAAUUUGCGGCGGCCAUGGAAAACCCGUUGUACCCGAAUUUCGUGUACCGGGCUACCGACAAUCCGAUGGCUUUCCUGGUGAUGCUCGAGUACAUUUGCAUCGCGUGGUUUACGUUUGAAUACGCGGUCAGGCUCGUCGUUUAUCCCAAGCGUUGGGAGUUCGUCCGCAAGACCCUCAACCUCAUCGAUCUUCUCACCAUCCUCCCAUUCUACAUGGAGCUGUGUCUCCCCCUCGCCGGGAUCCACUCCGGAAAGCUCAAGGAUUUGACCGGCGCCAUGCUGGUGAUCCGGGUUUUGCGCGUGCUGCGGAUGGCGCGCGUCUUCAAGCUGGCCAGAUACAGUACCAGCUUGCAGACAUUCGGCCACACCCUCCGCUCCUCCAUCACCGAGUUGUCGAUGUUGUCGAUGUUCCUCCUCACCGGAAUCGUGUUUUUCUCCACGAUUAUGUAUUAUCUCGAGCGGGACGAGCCGAACACUGAUUUCUACAGUAUCCCCGCCGGGUGCUGGUGGGUCACGAUGGCCACGGUUGGAUAUGGGGACGCUAAGCCGGUUACGACAGCCGGAAAACUCGUUGCUACCACCACAAGCAUCUGCGGCAUCAUCGUGCUCGCCUUCCCGAUUUCCAUGAUUGUCGAGAAAUUUGCAUCCGCCCAGCAGAAGGCCAUUGAGGACACGCAGCUGGCGCAGGCCCAAAUGUCAGCCGCCGCCAACAACGCACUGCUGCGCCGCUUCCCGACGCGGCGGCGCGCUCGCGCGAAGCGCCCCAGCGACGCCCGGCACGACAGUCUGCUGAGCACGGUGGCC